UACACUUCCGGUACUCGUACUAUGGCUUUAUUUUGACAGAGAAUUACCCUUGAUUCACCUUCUGUCUGUGGCCAGCAGCGUGUAUCCUCAUUGUUUACAACCCUAAAGUACAUUAGUAACAACGCCAAAAUGGGGUUUCUGUUGUCUAAAUCCAUGGAUGCAAACUUUAAAAAGCAGCAAGAGUUCAUGCUUCACAAUUCACGCUUGCAGCUGGAGCGUCAGCUGUUGAUGCAGAACCAGAUGAGAGAGAGACAGAUGGCGAUGCAGAUCGCUUGGUCCAGAGAGUUUCUCAGAUACUUUGGUUCUUUCUUUGCAGUGGCCACAGUGGGACUCACAGCAGGAGCCAUAAAACGAAAGACACCAGCCCUGCUGGCUCCUAUUUUACCGCUUGGAUUUGUAUUUGCCUACCAGAUGGACAGCGCCUAUGGGACACUAAUUUAUCGUAUGAGAGGAGAGGCCGAGAACAUCCUGACGUCUGAGCGCGACCGUCUGGACUUACCUCAGGGGAUUCCAACCUUUGAAAGCAUAGAGAAGGCCCGCCGUGCUAAAAGCGGCCUCGUCUCCAUCUUUGAGAAGUGAUGCAUCAGUUGUGACACGAGUCAAAAUCAGAGUCGUCCAGUCGGUGCGUUCAUCUGUGUUGCUUUUGCUUUAUUACAACUGUCAAAUAAUAUCUGCAUAGGGUAUUUAAAAACUCGUGGUUUGCACUAAUCCUUCAUCACGGGCAUUGAUUUAUAGAAGCAGUUGUGAUCAUGAUAAAAGUGUCAUUGUUUUCGUAAGCUUUGUUUAAUAAGAGUGCAUUAAAGGUGGUUUAGUUGCUUUUG